UCAGCGCCAAAUGAAAUGGGUUAUUUUCCCUCCAACUAGACACCAGAUGGUCCCAAAAAUCUCUGAAUCAAGAACGAGCGCUUGGCAGCAACAGGGGGCAAGAUUUCUCGAGUCGCUCGAAUAUUGUAUGCGCUUCGGAACUUCGCUUGAAACUUGAAGGUCUGUUCUUAGCUUCGAAUGACCAGAGACGAGAACAAAGAUUGUGGAAUGUAGAACAAUUCACACCGAUUUCCAGAUAGAUAGGGAGAGAUGCAGAGAUUGAAAGCAGUGGAAGCUGUGAGGAGAUCUUCAUUUCAGCGUUUUAGCUCUUUUUCUAACCUGAAGAGAGGCUUUUCUGCUCUACCAAACUAUGCUCAAACUGAUGAUGUUUUCGACCAGGUUUGUAUUCGGAGUUCUUUUUUAGUUUGUUAACGAGCAAUCAAACGCCGAAAUGCGCCUCUUUCUAUCUGCUUUUUCUCUCCUAAACUCGAUUCAUUUUCGGUGGAGGAGCUUACUGUGCAGGUACCGGUUUUUGUUUCUGAAGAGGUGUUUAUGUGAUCGUUAGAUUCCAGUGAAAGGAGGACCGAAGUCUAGAGCAGCUAUCCUCAAUAGACCAUCGGCUCUCAAUGCUCACUACUUCCAUGGUAGCCCCGCUGAACAAUCUGUAUGAAUCGUGGCAGGAAAAUUCUGAUAUCGGAAUUGUCUUAAUGAAGGCGUGGACUGAUUUAUGCGUACAUUCACGGCUGUUCGACGUCGAGCACUUUCUCCGAUUUAAUUGUUAUAUUUCCAGUGCUAGUGGCAGGGCGUUUUGCUCCGGUGCAGAUGUUGUCGCUCUUAAUCAUUUCUCAAAUGAAGCAAACUUUUCAAUAUGAAACAAAUGUAUUGAAAAGGAUAGAAGAUGCAAAUGGAGAGGAGAGAUGACUGGAAGUCAGGACCUAUGGCAUAUUAGGGAAAUCAUGAAAGCAUUCUUGAACUGGCCAAAAGUAAGAAAGGCGGCCACUAGACAAAA